CUAUAUCAGCGUUCAAUCUUCACUCGAUUCAUCCCAGACACUCUUCUUUCAGACUGUGCUUCAAACUCAUUUCAUCGCCAGUACUGCAUCUUGCAAUCUUCAGACCAUCGAACUACUCCAUCAAUCCCAUCAACAAUGCACCCACCACUCCGCAUCGCCAUCCUAGAAUGCGACACCCCCGUCGACAAAGUAAACACCAAGUACGGGGGCUACCGCGGGGUCUUCGCGAAGUUACUGCAUGAGAGCGCCGCCGCACUCGGCCAGCCCGACCGACUGGGCCCCGAGACCGGGCUAGACAUUACCGGCUGGGACGUCGUGACGGCCCAGGAGUAUCCCAACCUGGACGAUGUAGAUGCUCUCGUUCUGAGUGGCUCAAGUGAGUUUCUUCUGCAUUGCCUGCCUUGCCUGCCUUGCUUUUCACCCGGACUUUUUGUUCUCGCAUACUGCGCCCCCUGCCCUGCAUUUAUAUCCUACACGGGACAAACAUGCACCAUGCACCUUACAACAACAACCCCUCCCGGCCUUUGCAAAAAUCCAGAUGACUCACACUCAAACCCCGGCAUUUACCCAUCCACAGAACACGACUCCUUCGCCGACCACCCCUGGAUCCUCAAGCUAGUAGACUUCACGCGGAAGGCCUACGAAGACAAGCGCAUCAAGAUCUUCGCCAUCUGCUUCGGGCACCAGAUCCUCGCCCGCGCCCUGGGGGUCAAGGUUGGCCGGAACCCGCAGGGCUGGGAGUUGGCCGUCUGCGAGGUGGAUCUCUCCGAGCAGGGGCGGGAGCUCUUCGGCAAGGAGAAAUUGCGCAUCCACCAAAUGCAUCAAGACAUCGCCUACGGAUAUCCAUCCGAAGUGAUCUCGCUGGGCGCCUCGCCGCGGUGCGCGGUGCAGGGCAUGUAUGUGCCGCGGAAACUGAUCACGGUGCAGGGCCACCCGGAGUUCCGGGAGGAUAUCAUGGACGAACUGAUCACGCUGCGCACGGCGAGUGGGCUGUUCUCGCCGGAGAUGUCGCAGGAUGCGUCCAGCCGGGCGGGACUACCGCAUGAUGGGGUGGCGAUCACGGUGGCUUUUUUGAAGCUCGUGCUUGAGUCUAGAUAGUUAUACCUCGACUUAGCCGGUUAGAUUGACGCUCCGCCCUAUUUAGACUCGAAUGCGGG